CAAAUCCCCUUCCAGAACCCUAGCUCCCGCCGCCGGCCGCCGGCCGCCCCACCCCGGCCCGCGGCUCCGGAUGGCCGGCGCCGCCGCGAUCCAGCGAUCCGCUCGCCGGAUCGCGCGGUAUGCCGCCGCCGCUCCCUCCCUGUCCCGGAGCGCGCUCCAGCAGCCCGGGCGGCUCCUCUCGUCGCAGGCGUCGCCGGAGCACGGGCCCCGCGGCGCGGUGUCCGGGUCCGAGCUGGCUCUGUACCCGCCGGAGCGGGUCCGGAACUUCUCGAUCAUCGCGCAUGUCGACCACGGAAAGUCGACGCUCGCGGACCGGCUGCUGGAGCUCACCGGCACCAUCCAGAAGGGCCAUGGCCAGCCCCAGUACCUCGACAAGUUGCAAGUUGAGAGAGAAAGGGGAAUUACAGUCAAAGCACAAACGGCAACUAUGUUCUAUAGGUACACUACUGCAUCCCAGGACUCGGAUGCGCCAAGAUAUUUGCUUAAUUUGAUCGAUACACCGGGCCAUGUGGAUUUCAGCUAUGAGGUAUCCAGGUCCCUUGCAGCUUGCCAGGGUGCUCUUUUAGUGGUUGAUGCAGCACAAGGUGUACAAGCUCAAACAAUUGCCAAUUUUUACCUUGCAUUUGAGUCAAAUUUGAGCAUCAUUCCUGUGAUUAACAAGAUUGAUCAGCCAACUGCUGAUCCAGAUAAUGUAAAGGAUCAAUUGAAGCGGUUAUUUGACAUUGAUCCAAGUGAAGCUCUGCUCACUUCUGCAAAGACUGGUAAAGGCCUUGAACAUGUAUUACCUGCUGUUAUUGAACGCAUACCUUCUCCACCUGGGAAAUGUGAUUCUCCUGUACGGAUGUUGCUUCUGGAUUCCUACUAUGAUGAAUACAAAGGAGUGAUUUGCCAUGUUGCUGUUGUUGAUGGUGCUCUGUGUAAAGGUGAUAAGAUUGCGUCAGCUGCAACUGGCCGUGCAUAUGAAGUUCUGGAUGUUGGCAUUAUGCACCCUGAGCUUACACCUACUGGAGUGCUCUACACUGGACAAGUUGGGUAUGUUAUUAGUGGAAUGCGCUCAACUAAAGAAGCACGCAUUGGUGAUACCCUUCACCAGGCAAAAAGCACUGUUGAGCCACUUCCUGGUUUCAAGCCUGCGAAACACAUGGUCUUCUCUGGUCUCUAUCCUGCUGAUGGUUCUGACUUCGAAGCUCUUAGCUAUGCGAUUGAAAAACUAACAUGUAAUGAUGCAAGUGUCUCUGUUACAAAAGAGACAAGCAAUGCACUUGGCAUGGGAUUCAGAUGUGGGUUCCUAGGAUUGCUGCACAUGGAUGUAUUCCAUCAACGGCUUGAGCAAGAAUAUGGAGCUCAAGUCAUAUCGACCAUACCAACCGUACCUUAUAUUUUUGAAUAUGGUGAUGGAAGCAAGGUACAAGUUGAGAACCCGGCUGCUUUGGCUUCGAAUCCUGGAAAGCGUGUGGUAGCCUGUUGGGAGCCCACAGUUAUUGCAACAAUCAUUAUCCCUAGUGAGUAUGUUGGGCCUGUCAUUAUGCUUUGCUCAGAAAGGAGGGGCGAACAGCUAGAAUAUACAUUUAUUGAUGCCCAAAGGGCUCUGUUGAAGUACCGACUACCAUUGAAGGAGAUAAUUGUCGACUUCUACAAUGAGUUGAAAGGCAUCACCUCUGGCUAUGCUACUUUUGACUAUGAAGAUUCAGAAUACCAACAAUCUGAUCUAGUGAAGAUGGACAUCCUUCUCAAUGGCAAACCUGUCGAUGCUAUGGCAACUAUAGUGCAUAAUCAGAAGGCUCAGAGGGUUGGAAGGGAAUUAGUGGAGAAGCUCAAGAAAUUUAUAGAAAGGCAAAUGUUUGAGAUCACCAUACAAGCAGCAAUUGGUUCAAAGGUUAUCGCAAGGGAAACGUAAGAUAUUCGAAGCUGCUAUUAGUUUUGAGAUGCAGCGCGGUCCUUGAACUAUUCCUGAAUUGUCACCUAGGCCCUACCCUCAGAGUGCAGAGCCUGAGAGUUUAUGGUCCUAGCCUGUCAGCAAUGAGGAAGAAUGUUCUGGCCAAGUGCUAUGGCGGUGACAUUACUAGGAAAAAGAAGUUGCUAGAGAAGCAAAAGGAAGGCAAGAAGCGCAUGAAACGCGUGGGUUCUGUUGACAUUCCUCAGGAAGCAUUCCAUGAGCUACUGAAAGUCUCCAACUCAAAAUAGAUGGGUGCACAGCAAUUGUAGUUUCUGUAGCUGUCCAAGCUGUGUGGUGAUGACUGGCAGCCACUUCUAGUCUUCUGAAAGGUCCUGACACAAUUAUUCCAAAUUCCAGUCACUGAGUACAUAAUGAUGGCGCCUGCUAAUUUUUUUCUCAGGAAUGCAAGCGCUGCAGAGCCUUGUUUUGCUGAGCUGACAGUUGAGAAGUGCUGAGCCUUUGUGCUCGCAAGUUCUUUCUGUGGUGAUAUACACACGGCUUAUUAGCUGGCUUCAGACUAGUUCGUGAAGCACCGCGUUGAGCUGUCAUCCUUGCAUUUGCUGAUUGAUGGAGAGCCAUCCUUGGGUUGCCUGCUGAACCCAGUUUUUGGUGCAGCCUUGUUCUGACUUGAUACCAGCAUCUGCCGUGUCACACUACACUCACAUUUUGUUGAGAUAAUUUGAGCAGAAGCAAUGGGUCAUAACGCUACAAUUGUUCCCGGAAACAAUGUGGUAUACAUGUGAAAGGAAGUGAAUUGAAUAAAAGUUUCUCAUGUUUUUGAAGAA